AUGAGAGACUCACAGGUCACAGUGCGAGGACAAGACACCUCAACCGUUAAAAGGACAGGACAAGAAGAGGUGAACAGUCACAGUCACUUUUCUCAUCCUACAACUUGCUUAGAGCAGCAGAAAAAGACAUCAUUAAUACUAUCAACAAGUAAACAAAACAAAAAAAUGAUACGGGUCAACACACUGUAUUUUGUUUUAUUCUAUAUUUUGACACUGACAACAUGUAGAACUCAAGGAGGAAAUGCUACAUUGAACAAAAUUCUGAACAACGCUUUAGAUGACGCAUUAGACAAGUAUGCUCCCCGACGGUAUCAGUCUAUUCUGCCAUUACCUGUGUCUCCUGUUGUUCGUGUAAGACAAUCAGGGCGUACCCCUAAAGAUAGAAUGGACAUUUUUGCUGGACAAAUGGAAGAUCCGGCAGCUGCUUUUAGUGUUGCCAUAUCCGGUCUCGUAUUUGCAGAUUUUGCUAAGAGGAUACAGAGCGAUACUGGAUUACCUUUAAAAAGUGAACAGGUUCAAGAGGCUCUUGCAAUCCUUUAUCCUAAAAUAUCGGAAAUAUGCAACCAUUUAAAACCUCAAAGGGCGAAUUGUAAAUCGAGUUAUCCAUAUCGAAUGCCAGACGGGUCAUGCAAUAAUCCUAGCACUGGUGUGCUGAAAGGUGCCGCAUUAACAGCUCAGGCAAGGUUUGUGGAUCCCGAAUAUGGGGACCCUGAUAAUGUAGGACAUAUUCCAAGAAUUCAUGGUAAAAACGGAAAAUUGAAAAGUCCAAGAGAAAUCUCUAAUGUGGUAUUGAGUACGACAGAAGAUUUUAGAUCUCCUAAAAGUACGAGAUAUACUCUUACUUUAGUUCACUUUGCACAAUUUGUGGAUCAUGACGUUAUCAAAACACCGGCAACAAAGAUUCCUAAUUCUACUGCCAACGAUAUAUUUAACGAGCAGAAAAUAGAAGAUUGUGAUGAAGACUGUGUAAAACCUAAGUAUAUAAAUAUUACUUUCCGGGAUCAUUGUUUUCCAUUCAAAAUUCCAGAUGAUCAUUUUCAGAACGAUUUUGGUACCAAGUGCAUGCAUUUUGUAAGAAAUAAACCAGCCCCACCAGAAAGUUGUUUGCCAGGUCCAAGACAACAAUUAAACGAACGAACUGCUUUCCUAGAUUUAUCUGCAACAUAUGGAAGUAGCCAGAUACGUGUUAAUGAAUUACGACAAUUGGAAGGAGGACGUCUAAAUGCGAGCAAAGACGAUUUACUACCAGACGGGCCACCUGUUGGUGAUUGUUUACCAGAUCAAGUUUGUUUCAAUUCGGGGGAUUACAGAUUCCAGGAAAUUCCAAUGUUGACAGUCAUUCAUAUCGUUUUUCUACGGGAACACAACAGAAUAGCGGGAAUACUCAGUAAACUAAACCGUCAUUGGGACGAUGAAAAACUGUUUCAGGAAUCCAAGAAAAUUUUGACUGGAAUAUACCAGCAUAUUAUCUACAACGAGUUUUUGCCAUUGCUUGUAGGUAGAGACAUGGCAUAUGGUUCGAAUUUGAUCAGCUCAGACACUGGUCAUCGUAAUUCUUUCAGUGCGUACGUUGACCCAAGUACUUUGAACGAAUUUGGUGCAGCUGCGUUUAGAUUUGGACAUUCGUUAGUUGGACGUCAUACAGGUUCGAUGGAUAGAAAUUUUAAAAUUAAAGCGUUUGAUGAAAUGAGGCGAGAUUUCUUCAAUAACGACAAAAUGCGCGACUUAAACAUUUAUGGUCCAACUCGAAUGGGUCGAUGGAUGGCUGAAACACUAAUGCGAAAAAGAGACCGAUUUAUAUCAGACCAGAUUAGAAACCAUUUGUUUGAAACGAAAUUUAAUGGACCCAGUGAUGGAUUUGACCUUGCAUCUCUUAAUAUUCAGAGAGGAAGAGACCAUGGAAUUCCAGGUUAUAAUAAGUUGAGGAUGUACUGUGGUUUGUACCCAGCAAACAUUUUUAACACUGGGCCUAUAGGAUUUCGUGAUCAUGAUCACGUGACAGUAAAGAAACUGUCACAAGUUUACAGGCAUCCCGAUGACGUAGAUUUAUUUGUUGGAGGGAUUACAGAAAAACCAAGUUACAAUGGAGAAAUACUUGGCCCAACUUUCAAAUGUUUGAUAGCACAACAAUUUCAGAGGUACAAAGAAGGUGAUCGAUUCUUUUACGAAAACAAUUUCAAGAACACCGGUUUUACUUUAGAUCAGUUAAAUGACAUAAAGAAACAAACAUUUGCUGGUAUUUAUUGUCGGAGCCUUAAGUUGAGGACCAUACAGCCUAAGGUUUUUGAAAAAGGAGAGACGUAAGUAUCAUGUUUUAAAUUCUUAUAGAAUAUAUUUAGAUAUGAUAUAUUCAGUAAUAACAUGAGAUUCAGAUAAACAACUUAACUGAAAGUUAGAUGUUAAAAGGAAGAAAAAUUGACAAGACCACACCUUAAACUAUUUCAUUAAACGAAACGAAUGGAAACAAAAAUAUUAUUCGAGCCUUGGCAC